UCCGCGCCCUUCGGCCGCCGGGACCCGCGGGGCGGCGGCGGGCGGCGGCGGACAAGGAGGACCAGGAGGAGGAAGAGGAUGCUGCGCGCCUUGGUGGCGGUGUCCCUGUGGCUGCGGGUGAGCCCGCGGGCGCAGGGCGCGCCGUGCGAGGCGGUGCGUAUCCCCAUGUGCCGCUCCAUGCCCUGGAAUAUCACCCGCAUGCCCAACCACCUCCACCACAGCACCCAGGAGAACGCCGUCCUCGCCAUCGAACAGUACGAGGAGCUGGUGGCCACCGGCUGCAGCCCGGUCCUGCCCUUCUUCCUCUGCGCCAUGUACGCCCCCAUCUGCACCCUGGAGUUCCUCUACGACCCCAUCAAGCCGUGCCGCUCCGUCUGCCAGCGCGCCCGCGACGGCUGCGAGCCCAUCAUGCGCCGCUACAACCACAGCUGGCCCGAGAGCCUGGCUUGCGACGACCUCCCCGUCUACGACCGCGGCGUCUGCAUCUCCCCAGAGGCCAUCGUCACCGACCUUUCGCUCCCUGACGCACCUCUGUUUGCAGAUGUGAAGUGGACGGACUUCACACAGGGCUUUAUGGUCCCGGACAGACCCCUGGAGCCUGACUGCAGGAGCCGCGGCCAGGAGCGGUGCAGGUGCAAAAAGACAAAGCCUACACUGUCAACCUACUUGGCCAAGAACUACAGCUACAUCAUUCACGCUAAAGUAAAAAGCGUAGAAAGAGGAAACUGUAAUGAGAUAACGACUGUGGUUGAAGUCAAAGACAUACUCAAGUCUUCAACGCCAAUUCCUCUGUCCCAAGUGCCUCUUCUUACAAAUUCCUCCUGCCAGUGCCCACCUCUUCAACCAAAGCAGGAUGUUCUCAUCAUGUGCUACGAGUGGCGCUCAAGGUUGAUGCUUCUUGAUGGAUGCCUAGUUGAAAAAUGGAAGGACCAACUAAACAAAAGAUUUAAGAGGUGGGAACAGAGACUGCAAGAACAAAAGCGGCGAACUGCGCGCAGUAAGAACCAGAAUUCAGGACGCAGUGGUCAGAGUGGGGCCCUGAAACCACAAACCAGGAACACCAGCCCAGUGAUCAGUGGCACCAAGAAGACCACUAAAAUAAGAAAUGGCCAAAAAGAAGUUAACCCCAAAAAAGUAUGAGCGUGAAAUUCCCAAAAGGAAGGACUUUCCUUGCACGACAAGGGUCACAAUCUGGCUUGGUCAACAUGUUUAAUUAAUCUGGGACUCAUCGACUUAAAAAAUCACGUCAGUUUCUACAUAAACCUUUUUGCUGCACUUUACAAGGUUUUCUUAUCCUUUCAAGUCACUGCAAGCCAUAGAGCGUAGGUUUGCACUAACAUGAGGUAGGCAUAUUCCAGCUGACUGAGCUUUAUCUUUGGGCUCUGAUUUCCCAUCUAGAUAGAACUAGCCUUGGCUGCUGGAGGUUUUGACUCCUUGUACCAGUUGCCUGGUCUAUUUCCCUGCCAGAUGUUGGAGAACUGCAUGGAGUUUCUUCUUCUUCUCAGCUGGUGUAGUAUUAGCCUGUGAGUUACUCUGUGAAUUCGUUGAAAGCUCACUAGACUCAGCAGCUGAGGAGCAGCAGAAGGAUGGUAACCUCUGGCAGAUAUCUCAGGCAGCAAUGACUGCAGCUGCUGGAGCUGAACCUAUGUGCUAUUUUGGAAUCACAGCCCUUGUCCAGAGUGUUCAAAAGCAUAGUUUACCAUUAAGCAUCUGGGUAUGCAUUAUGUGAUUAUUUUUAUGUGUGUGGCAAAAAUAUGCUUACAGUGAUAGUAUUUGA